AGCGCUCUUAGAAAAUUAUUGUAUGGCGCCUUCGCUCUCCAUAGUUAGCGAGUAAAAUUGGCCACUGAUUUAAACACCGCCAGAGUGUAGUACACAAUAACCAGUAGCUGGCUAUGGAUAGCACACUGGAAGACUCCAGGCCUAGCAGCGGUCCUUUCCGAAGUUUGGAUGAACAGGAAACGGAGGAAUCUCUGAAUAAUGCUUGCCUGCUGAAUGAUAGCGAUCUUCCCUUUGAUGAUGGAGGAGCCUCUCAUGACGUUUCUUCUAUGCUUGUUCCUGAAACUCCAAGCCCCUUUGCUUUUAGAAGAAAACGGAGUUCUCAAAAAGCUGAUGAUCACAAAGUGAGCACACAUUGUGGUCCAGACAGCAAAAGAUCAGAGCCAGGGGUCAAGAUUCCAGGAUACCUUCACACAACUCCAGUCUCUCAGAGGACAGUGAAGCGACGGAGGCUGCAGGACGCUUGCAGGGAAACUCCUCAGCAUAUGAACAGAGCAGCAGAAAGAGUUGGAUUUGUGCCUGCCUCGUCUCUCCUACCUUCUGACUUAACGUGGUUGGAGUCUCCACGUCCACCACCCUCCACCUCUACCUCCUGUUCUGAGCCCUCAACUUCUGCUAGAGCUCCUCGACACACAGCGCUAGUAGCCACCGCUGCUCGAAAUGGCUUGAGCGAGAUGUCUCCACGUGGUUGUGCCUCAUUGCAAAAAGCACUUGGCAUUAGGAGUAAGGAACAGAAAUCUAAAAGAACAUCUACUAGAACUUGUGCUAGGUCUUCUGGAUGUGCAUCAGCAGCACAUUUGCUUGGAGCAGAGGAAGAAAGGUGCUUGCAAGAUGCAGAGACAGAAAGAAGAAACAUAUCUGUAAAUCCUCCUGCCUGUCAAAUACAGGAGGAGAUAAUCAUAGUUGAGGAUGAGGAUGAUGCCGUGGUAGUUGAAGCCAUGGUUCGCUCCAUUCAAAUGGAUGAAGAUGAGGCAUUUGCCAGAAGGCUUCAGGAGCAGUUUGACAGAGAGGAGCAGCUGCAGCAGGAGCAGAGAUUGGCGGUUACAGCGUCCAACAGACAGUCCCAAAACCACCCGUUUGAUUCCUAUGUGGGUUUGGGCUGGAUCUCACCCUGGACCUCCAUGGUGAACUCUGCAUCAUUCUCCCACAGAGCCACUGAAUUUGCAGAGCUGCAGCAGGCCAUAUUUCAGGGCCAAUCCAGCAGGCGUAUGCGACUCCCCCAGGCAGGCCGCCCUCGCGGUACGCGCCACAGACACACUCCCCAUUUGCCUUUGGAACUGUUUGAUGACAGCCAGGGGAAUAACUAUGAGGCACUUCUAGCAUUUGAAGAGAACCAGGGAGCUGUGGUGGCCAAGAACACUCUUAGUAAAGGGGAGAUUGAGAGACUCCCUACAAAAGCUUAUGACCCUGCGAACAAUGCGGGGAAGACUGACUGUCAAAUAUGUUUCUGUAGCUACAAAGAAAGGGAGAAGUUAAGAAUACUUCCAUGUCUCCAUGACUACCAUGUUAAAUGCAUUGACCGUUGGUUAAAAGAGAAUGCCACCUGUCCUAUCUGUAGGUCAGAUGUGUCAGAGUGCACUUGACGCAUUUCAUCUCGGGACUCACUCUCUACCUCACACAUGCUGGCCUCUGUGACUCAUCAUUUGCUACCCAUGCAUGUGAAAGGACUCUUCAAAAAAAGCCUAUAUAUUUAUGUAAUGUAUGAACUAUGAAAUGAGUGUUUUAAAUAUUGAAUUUUUUUUUUUUUUUUUAAACAAAUCUCAAAGCAUAUAUUUUUAGGCUAGUCCGGGUUCACUGUUGAGAUUUAUCUGCCAUUGUUUUUUUGUGUCUAAUAAAUACAAUUUUUAUAGAGCAGUUUAGCAUCUCAGGUUGUAAUGCUGUUUAGUUUGUAUUCGGUCAAAAAGAUUAAAAUCCAUAAUAUGAACUUGCUGCAUGGCAA